AUGAGCGAUAAUCAAUAUGUGCUGGAUGUUAUCGUUACGAAUCUCGAGUUAUCCAAGGACUUAAAACUUAGUCCUGAGGAUGUUUUCGCGGAAUUUAAAUGGAAUGAUAUUUUGCUACCGAUCACGGCAAGUAGAAUUAACACCGCAAACUUUGUCCCCAACAGGGGCGUUGAAUUUUCCGAAAAUGCGAACGAAAUGCGUGCCUCGCUAACAAAUAAGGAUUUCAAGUUGACAAUUUUCCGGAAAGAUGAGGAACACCAGCCAGCAGAAAUUGUCGGAGAGUGUUAUUGCGAGUGGCCCCAGGAAGCAAGUACAGGCGGGUGGCCUUCAGACAAGCCCCUCCAGCAUACAUGCGACCUAUUUAAACAUUCUGAGUACGUAGGAACGGUGACGGUUAAUAUGUCAGUGUUAAAAAAAUGUGGAAAUAUAGCAAGCCUUCCAGUAGAACCGGCUGUCAAUAAAGAAGGGAAGAUGAUAGUUUUCAAAGAGCUGGAACCAGUACUUAAUCCUAAUGAUAUUUUUUUUGUUGUUGGUAACAUGACCACGACAUCGAAUGGCCCUAAUCUUCUGCAGUCUUGCAAGGGAGAGGAUUUAUGUAAAACUGAUUUCGACCCGGUUCGCUAUAAAGUUGUGCAGGGAAAACUGGUUAAGGAUUUUAGUAUUCUUCCUAGCUGCAAUCAAACUGAAUGUUGUGAGAAUUUAGCCAUCGAUGGUCUAUCUGACUUAUUUCAGAGCGGAGCAUCUGGACAUUUUUCGACAGCCACUACAUCACUGAGUACAUCAUCAGUGGCUUCUUCGCGCUCGGUAUAUAGUUCGAACACAGAUGAGGUUGAGACUGUUAACCAAUCCUCACCUUCAAGUACCCCAGAUAGUGACAAUAACCCCUGUAUUGCUUUAUUUGGGAAAAGAGUAAAGAGGAAGAGAACUAAAGCCGCCACUUAUGAUUACUCCAGAAGUUCAUCUGUACAUAUGCCGGACUGUCCCAAGUGGCAAACUGAUUACCAAAAAGAAGACCGUAAAUCGUACAACGCCGAUAGUAAAACUACAACCACACCUACUACAUCCUCUUCAAACUUGAAAACGGAUCGAAACCCCAUUCCUGUUGACACUGUUUCAAGAAAAUACUCUGAGCCAAUGAAAGUGAAUGAGCUGGUCAACCAAGUAUUCAAAAUGACUGAAGAUUGUCAAAAAAAGCGUACCAUCGUCCACACUUGCAGUGCACCAAAACUAGUUCAAAACGAUUUUAAAAUUGAGCCCAGGUCAUGCCCUAUAUGCUGUGAGGAUAUGUCUUGGAUGCGACCCCAGUCUUCCUGUCCAAAGUGUGGUUUCCAAGCAAAAAUGGGUCUGCCAAUUGAGGGGACUGCGUACGAUGAAAAUUUAACAGCUGAAAAGAUUCUAGAGAAGUGGAAUGCUGAUGUCCAAAAGUUUAAACGAAAAAAGGAUAUAAGUCCUUUAGGUGUAUGUUUAUGCUCCGGCCAAAAGGAGUGCAUAAAUUGCCAAUUAAGGCACUCUAGUCAGAAGCCCGUAGGUGUCAUGCUAAAAAAUGUAGCGAAUCGUAUGCAAGUACAAAAAGGUUUAGAAAAAAUUAAGGAAGAAGAAAAAGCUCGAGAGGAUAUCUGCCGCAAAACUAUGGUUGCGGAUAUAGUUGAAGAAGUACUUGGUCAGUCAAUGGCACGUCCUACGAUGGACAUUGAAAAUUUGCUAAUAAAACAUGAUUCUGAACCAAAUAUGGCAAAAGCCUUGAGGUGGGCUAAAAACCAGGAGAGAAAACGAAAAAAGUAUUUGGAUUCAGAUAGUGAUCUUUCUAAUAAAAGUCGGACUAGUAUUAUUCAUAAAAUACGCGAGCAAUUAGAUCCAUUCGAAACUGAUGAAGACAUAGCUGAGAAGGAAGUGGGAGAAGAAAAGGAAUGGGAGGAGAAGGGAAAAUUGGGGAAGGAAGCGGAUGUUGGAACUAGGAAGCAGACUAAGGAAGAACGCAAACAUGAACAAGAACUAAAAAGAAUCGAAGAAGGAUUCUUCGACAAAUGUAAGAAGAAGCGAAGAUACCCACCUCGUGCUUAUGGUCACUGGUACUGUAAAACUCCUAUUUUACGCGUUCCCAGAGAUAUGGGCUGGCAUUGGAAUAUCAAUUUGGAAAAAAGCCGGCGUGGAUGGCGGCCUGGUGCUAUUCACCGAAAGACGAAACGGAUAAUGGACUAUUUCAGGCAGCAGAAGGCUCAAGCCAAAGCUGAAGUCAAGAGGCGACAACUUGAGAAGGAAGCUGCCAAAGAGCAAGCGAAACCAAAGCCCACACAGCUACCUCGAUUACACAUUAAAAAGGAAAAAGGUCAAUACAGGAUCACACUAUUUCCAUUGUUCGAUCCAAAUUUACCAGCAUCCCAAGUGACGGAUCGAAUGAAGCCCAUUGAAUUUACUAUCGCAAAGUCAGAUGCUGCCAUACGUCGUCAUCAGGUAAAACAAUUUUUAGAAGUAGCUAAGGACCUUAAUUCUGCCAAUUGUGUCGGCGAGGGAAACGAGGAAUUUAACAUUGCUAUGGAGGAUAUUAACGAGUUUCUUCAAAAUGAUGGCCUGAGGCACAUAUUACAAUCUGAUUCGGAAAGUGAGAGUAGCAUCAACAUUGAAAUUGGUGGUGGCAUUCUACGAAAGGUGCCUUCGAAAGCGAAUGUUGGAAUACAAAUAGACGGAGAUUUCAAUCAAGUCCCAGAGUUCGAAAUGAACAGACACUAUCGUGAUCCAUACCGACGAUUAUGUCAAGGACCUUUUAAGAAUUCACCAUCUGACAGUGAACUCAGACCUCUUGAACCAAUCAAAAGACCACCGAGGCCUCUUAAGCCACCCAUAAUACCAAUUAGACCAAUUAAACCACCAAGUAAGCCUUCUCGACCUCAUAAUGAAAAAGACACAAACAAGAAACCUUCACGGCCAACAAAGCCAAGUAAACCACCUCAAGAGGUACCUUCGGGAAAACCAAGUAAACCUGCCAAAGAAAAUAAGCCGAAUAAGGACAAACCACCUGAGAAAAUACCAUCUUCACCAUCAAAGCCAUGGCCUGGGAUUCCAGUAAGACCGGGAAGACCGCCAAAGCCUAACAAACCAGUAUCUCCUCAAACACCAAAUGAUGAGGGUCAUGAAAAACCAGGUUCACAGACCAGCUCUGGAAAUAAUAAACCACCAGGCACUCAGAAACCUUCGAAACCACCAAAAAUCCCCGGAGAAAAUGAGACACGACCACCACGUCCGUCACGUCCCUCACGCCCGUCACAUCCCUCACGUCCGUCACAUCCGUCACAUCCGCCAUCUAUCCCAAUAGUGCCACCUCCACGACCGAAGCCUAAUAAACCGGAAAAACCAGCGAAGCCGAAAGUUCCGGUUCCACAGAUAAAACCACCUCGCCUUAGACCCAGCAUAACUGGCCCGCUUGACAAAGACGGGAAGUCACAUAUAUUUAUGUAUGACCCUGAGAAAUUCAAGCAAAGGAAAGUCAAACCUUGCGUAUAUACGGAGUCUUGCAUGGCUACCCCUCUGACAAGAGUGUUAUUUCAAGCGGUUGACAAUAAGGAAGAUAAUUUUAUAAUGGAAAAUGUGCGACCAUAUGUCAGAUGUCCUUGUUUCCUUCCGCGCGUGGUUCCAAAGUUGUAUACUAUGCCAGCGAUAAGGUUGAUGAAGCAUCCCAGCCAUUUUAUUUGAGUUUUAGUUUAUACCAGGUCAGGAUUUUAAAAAAAUUGUUGCUGCUUUAAAUUCAUGGAAGA